UGGCAUCCCAUCUACAGCAGUCUAAGACAAGAGGCCGGAACUGGCGAUUCUAACACACGCUUCAGACUUGGCCGUGUAGGAAUGCUAAUGUGUUGAAUUUAAAAAGCUAUAUUCUAAGCAUCAGUGGCUUUGGGUUCGUGGUCGCUGUGAAAUCUCCGCUGUUGGUUUUGCUUAAACGUGUCCCCACUAGCCGGGAAAUAUGUCUAGGGUUCCUGUCUACCGAGACACUCUAGGAUUUGAAGAUACAGAAGGUGAUAUAUUCGGAGACAUGCAGAGAGAUAUGGAUAGAAGACGGAAGGAGUGGGAGAGUGAAAUAGAGCGCAUGCGCAAAGACUUUUUUACACUGAAGCCGACUGGAAAAUUGGACACUUUGUCGGACAAUUACUCCUCCCGCUAUUCCGAUCAGUUAGACGACGCCAAAGGCAUCAUCGAAAGGGACCAUAAUGGACAACCAGUGUUUCGGGUUAGAUUUGACGUGAAAAACUUUAAACCGGAAGAGGUUAAUGUGAAAACGGAUUACAAUGUACAAGUGCAAGCAAGACACGAGUCGCACGAAGGUGGGUCGAAGAUCACACGAGAGUACAACAGGGAAGUGGCUGUUCCCAAAGAGGUGGACCCCAUGGCCUUACAGUGCACAAUGACACCAGACGGUUACCUGUUUCUAGAAGCGCCAAUGCCAGUGCCUCAGUAUUCUCAGAUACAGGAUGUGAAUAGCUCUCGGGUACAAUCGACUCCCAGUCCACGCUACCAGCCCACCACUAUCAAUACCUCCAGCGCCUCUAGCCCCAGGGUCCAUACUCUGGACACCCAUUUCAACCCUAGCCCGACUUAUGCGCGCAGUCAACCCUUAUCCGUAGAGACGGAGAAAAAGUAUAAAGUAGAGGUGGAUAUAGAAGAUUUCAAACCGGAAGAUCUCACUGUGAAAACCGUUGAUAAAAAACUGCUGGUUUCGGCGAAGAGAGAAGAGCGGAUCGGAAAUCGCAGUUCGACGAAAGAGAUGAGCCGUGAAUUCCAACUUCCGGAUAUGGUGGAUCCGACAACAGUGAAGGCGUACUUUUCUGAUAACGGCAAGCUCCUUGUGGAAGCCCCUUAUAACAUCAAUCGACCCUGAGGUCCUCUUAUCCCUGGCACACAAACUAUUAAAAAGCUGACAAACUUGGAUGAGAUUAAUAAAGAGUAUGUUGACUGUAGGAUGUAUGUUCAGUAAGUCAAGGAUGAAAUUGUUUGUAAACAGCUGAAAACCCCUGCCAGGGAGAGUUCUUCAGUACGUGCAGUAAGGAAAGGAGAUCUAUUAACGUUACUGAGGAUUGAAGGAGUCCGACUCCUUUUAUACCAAAUACCGCUGAUCCACUCGAUAUGAUUACUCUUCGCAAAAGCUGAUCUUAGAGCAAUUACCACUAUCAUUCAGUUCAGAACUGCUGAAAAGAAACGGCCUUAUGUUUUGAUUUUCUUGAAUGUGUCAUACAAGACCAUUCUUGUAUGUAUUUUGUAGUUUAGCUGAUGAAUCUGUAGGUAUCGUAUACAGGGGUUUUCCAUUGCAUUGAUUAUUGCCAUUUUUGUUUUAUUUAUGUGUCAAAGCGCCAAUAAACCGUGUACAUCGUGUCUUUUAACAGGA